AAGUACCCGAAAGUAAAUAAAAAUAUUACUAAAUAAUAAAAUCAAUGGGCAACGUGUUUAGCUAUCGGAAUGACAAUGGGACCCAGGUGGAUACAGAUGGCAUCGGGGUACAGUGCUGAGGAUCUGCAGAUACCAAUUGAUGCCAAUUAUUGAUGUAAAAUAAAAGAAAAGGUGUGCCAAAUUCGUUACCAAUCGCAGGUAGAACUGAUCGAAUAUAUCCCUACAUAGAUACAAUACGAGAUAGAUACACAGAUACGAAACGAAUAGAUAAAAUCAGAGGGAGAGAGAGAGAGAGAGAGAGAGCCAGCGCGUAGAAUCAUCCUCAUCAGGGCUCGAGGCUCGUUAUCAUUGAUUGCGUUGACAAAUUAACAUUGAUGCGUCCAGCGUUGGUUGUUGAUAAUCUUAUCGAGAAUUUGCAGACAAUUAGAUAGACAUGUCCAGUCAGUCGCAGCCAGUCAUCGUGCCUCCAUCUGUCAUGUUCGCAUUGAAUGUAAGCCAAAGUGAGAGUGAUGAGGGUGCCUGGCUGCUGGACCCUCACCAGGAUAUGCCCUUCCACAGCGAUGAGUGCAUCUUCCAGCGACGCAUACCACCGCUGGUCAUCUUUCUGCUGUAUGGCCUGGCCGUGCCCACGCUCUCCACCUUCGGCCUGUGCACGAAUUUCAUCAAUGCGGUGGUUUUCAUGCGCCCCAAAAUGACACCCUCUGCGUUCACCUAUCUGGCGGCACUCUCCUGGAUGGACUGCGUCUCCUGUCUGCUCAUCACACUGACAGCGCUGUCGCGCAGCUUCUUCUACUACAGCCCCAGUUGGAUUGCCUACGACUAUCAGUGGCAGACGCCGCUCUUCGGCAUUAGCACGGGCGCCGCCAAUCUGAUCCUGGCCUGCCUCAGCCUCGAUCGCUUCACCUAUUUGGCCAGCUUCAAGCGGAACAGUGGUCCGCCGAGGUUCUGUCGCCGCAAGGUGGCUCGGUACAUGAUCGCCAUUGUGAUUGUCAUCUCCAUUGGCGUCAAUGUGCCAUACUUCUUCGUCUUCUGUGUGGAUCAGGACGGCACCUGUCAUGUGCAAGAGUUAUACUACUCCACAUUCUACAAGGUGCACAAUUGGUUCAGCUUCACGCUGUUGGCCCUGAUGCCGGCUCUGUUCCUGUUGAUUGGCAACACGGCCAUCAUCAUUGCCUUUCGACGGUGGACCAAGCAGAGUCGCCUUUGCCAGUCCACGGCCAACAAUGGCGACACACGCACCACCAUCAAACGUUACCAGCACCAAAUGAAGCUGACGGUGAGCAUUGUGAUUGUGAUUACGCUCUACAUGAUUGGGGAGCUGCCCGCGCACAUGACUUCCCGAAAGAGCUCGUUGAAUCUGCUCUUCGGUGGCGACACCAACAAGGUGGAUGAGUCGGUGAUGGAGACCGUGGAGGUCAUUUGCAUCACGCUGAAUGCCCUGCAGCUGUCCCUCAACAUUGUCGUUUAUGCUGUGAUCAAUCCCUCGUUUAUGCCGGAAUUCUUUCUCUGCCUCAAGGGCACCUCCGAUGUGUGCAUGGGCGUCUGCUGCUUCCGCGUCCUUGGGCGGUGCUGGCGUCGCUGUCGCGCCCGACGCCAGCAGCAGCCGACGGCCGAGGACUGCGUGGUCAGCAGUGUGGCGUCCCACCAUUUGCCAGCGGACGAGGCGAUGCACUGCGGCUGUGCCAGCUGGGCCAGCGAUUCGGACUGCCAGAACGAGGCUCACUGCAGAACAGCUGUGGGCACCUUUACGCUAGUGAAGGAUUCCCAAGUGCCAGAGCAUUCCCAUUCCCACUCCCAUUCCCACACCCAUUCGCAUGCAGAGCCGGAGGUGUUCACCACCAGAUCGAGCUCCUGCCUGCACACAAAAGACGCUGCAGCAGCCAACGAUGAGUCCCACUUUGGCGCUGGUUUUAUUAUAAUCACUUGACACGAAUGAGCAUUCAAUAAA